AUGACUAGCCCUGAUCAACCUCUGACAAGACAGGAUGGCACCACAGGCAACACAGAUGUAUCUGACGACGACAUAUGGGCAGACUCGCCGCCUCGCUCACAGAUUCAACACUCUAGCGCGGGUAGAGGCCCAGCAGGACCGACAUCCCCUUUGACACCAGCUGAGGCAGUCCUCUCGGACCUGCCCACAGUCCGCCGCCGACGGAUGGCCGACGGCUACCGUGACGGCCUUUCGCACUCGAAAGCGCAAGUCAUGCAGCGCGGUUUUGAUGAGGGCUAUCCGAUUGGUUUGCAAGUGGCGAUGCGGUCCAAGACUCUCUUCGAUCUAGGUCUUCGCAAAGAUUGGAAGACUUCGAGCACGCCGGGAGUCCUGCAAUGGGUUCGAGACUCCAAAGCCAGUGUAUCUGUUGACAAAGACGUCGCAGCCAUUCUCAGGGACGCUGGGGUAGAUGCAGAGGAAAUCGACGCGGUCAUAUACUCACAUCAACAUUUCGACCAUACAGGUGAUCCUCGGACGUUGUCACGGCACACGAAAAUCAUUGUUGGUCCUGGGUACAAGAAAAGCUUCUUACCUGGCUGGCCAGCCAAGAAGAGGAGCUGGGACACGACCAGUGAUCUGUACGAAGGACGAACGGUGACUGAAAUCACUUUCGAUCCAGAUUUCUGUAUUGGAGGCCUGCAAGCAUUCGAUUUCUUUGGCGAUGGCAGCUUUUAUCUGCUGAGCAGUCCGGGGCACACCAUCGCCCAUCUCUCAGCUCUGGCAAGAACUACUGCACCUCGUAACGAACCAGAUCAGUCGACUUUCAUACUGCUUGGUGGCGACAUUGCGCACAAUCCUGCUCUCUUUCGUCCCAGCGCGUUCUAUCCACUUACUGAAAAGUUCGCCCUUUCGGACACGAGGUCCGGCCCUAAGAAUGAACUUUCCGUCGACGACUUACUGCGGAUUCACCGAAAUUGGAGGGAGGGCCCUGGGAGGGCUCUGCAUAGUCCAUACUGCACGUCCCAGGGGCCACAUCACAACGUACAGGCGACACAAGACAGCAUCGACAAGCUGUCUGCGAUAGAUGCUAUGGACAAUGUUUUCACUGUGCUGGCUCAUGACGGGAGUCUCCCUGAUAUAGUAGACUUCUUUCCGAACCCUGCAAACGACUGGAAAGCCAGAGGAUGGAAGGAAAAGUGUAGAUGGACUUUCUUGCAUGACUUCGUGCUUCCUGCGCCAAACAGCCGCUCAAAAUUAUAG